AUGUAUGAGGGGGAAUCCCAAGUCUGCUCACAGUUGUAUAAUAUUCACAUACAUUCUAAGGCUAAUCCUGCUGUUACUCUGAGCAGGCAGCGUGUGGCUACCAAGCAUUGGCUUGAGAAGCCAGGAGUUCGAGACAUGCAAAAUGCAAAGGCACGCGUUCGGAUGGCGAGUUCGCCCGUGCUUGAUGGUCUCAAUUCUCGCGAUAUCACUCCUGAGGUCAAUGAUGGAUCUCUACUGACUAUGGAGAAUGACUUUCCCUGUUCCUGCGACACGCCAACCCUGCAAGACAUUGAGAACAUGGCCAACCAGUGGCAAAAGGGAUGGGCCCGGAAGUCUGAACAUGCAUGGGAUGAUGUGUAUGAAAACCUACUCAAAGGUCAAAUUCUUCGAAGUUAA